UUUAGUAUAUAUUUUAUUCAAUUUUGGAGGUUUUUUGAUAAUUUAUUUUUAAGUAUAAUCUUUUUAAAAAUGCUUCAUUUAAUUUUUCCAACUUUAUUCACUUAUUUUGUAAUGGGGCUUUCAUCUUUUGUUGUUUUUUCAUCUGUUGCUCUUUUUGUUUAUUAUGGAAUUUACAGACCAGCAAAAUUAUUAUUUCGACUUGUUUUUUUACUCGGUUAUUACGGGAUUAUAUUGGCAGGACUUUACUUUAUAGCCUCUUCUCUUUAUUUUAAUUCACAAUCUACAGAAAAGUAUUCGUGUUCAGAAAAAUUGACAAUUAAAAAUGAAAUUAAUGGAAAAUGUUUAGAGGAAGAAGAAGAAGAAAAUAAUGUUAACAAUUUAAAUAUUUAUUUUAAUGUGUUUAUUCAAUUAACUAAAGUUGUGGUGAAAUCUGUGGCAAAACUUGUUGUUAGUGUUUUUGAAUGA